AUGGUAGAAAAAAAGGAAAAAGUACUCAAGGGACUUGUUAAGGCAGUUCAAUCAGGUGAUUAUGUCACCAUUUCAAAGUCAUCUAAGAUUAGUGGACCAAGUGAACACAAUGUAUACUUGGCAUCAGUUUAGGCACCAAAAGUAGGUAGCUCAACAAGGGUUGAAGAACCAUUUGCAUUCGAAGCUAGAGAAUUUUUAAGAGAAUAGAUUAUCGGAAGAAAGGCAGAAUUCACAUAAGAAUAUAACUAUGGAGGAAGAGAUUAUGGUACGUUGGUUGUUGAUGGAAAAAACUAUAAUCUUUUGAUCGUAGAAGCAGGGCUAGCCAAAGUUGUGGAGAAAAAAGGAGCAAUGGCUACCAGCCAUAAUUAUGAACAAUUGGUUAAUGCUUAAAAUGAAGCAAAGAACAAAAGGUUGAAUUUAUGGGCAUCAUAAGAUGAAAAAUACCUUGAAAAGCAUACAAGGAAGGCUACUUAUUUCACUGAUGCAGGAUAUAAUGCCCCAAAAAUUUUGGAAGAAGCAAAACACAUCGAUAAACCCCUAGAAAGUAUUGUUGAGUACGUGUUUAAUGCGUCUUAUCUCUCAGUUUAUGUGCAUAAAUUCCAAACACAAAUUAAGCUGUCACUGGUGCACUUAUUCACUCCACAAUAAGAUAAAUAGCUAUUAGCUGAUGGAAAGGUCUUUGUUGAAAAGCUUUUGUUGCACAGAACUGUAGGAGUUAAGCUUGAGAGAAGUGAGGAAGGAGGUACCUUAGUUGGUCGUGUUUUCCAUCCAGCAGGGGAUAUCGCUUUUGAAAUCCUUAAAAAUGGGUAUUCAAAGCUAAACAUGCCAAAGAAUAUCGACUUCGAUGCAGAGUACUUCAAGACAUUGAAGGAAGGUCAGUUAAUUGCAUAGUCUAAGAAUGUUAGAAUUUGGAAAGAUUUCAAGUAAGAAGAGAAGAAAUCUCAAUAAAAGCCAUCAGCUACUGAUUUCACUGGUAAAGUUGUUGAGAUUCAUACUGGAGAUUCUUUAACCAUAGAAAGAGACAGUGAUUUCAAGCAAUUUAGAGUGUUUCUAACCACUGUUAAAGCCCCACUUUUGAUGAAAAAAGCUGGUGAAGAUCCAGAUCCCUAUGCCUGGGAUAGCAAGGAAGCUAUGAGAAGAGCAACUAUUGGAAAGAAAGUGAAGGUCAUUAUGGAGUUCAGCAAAACCAUCAAUGAUAGGAAUAUGGAUUUCGCUUCAGUUUUCCUUGAAAAAAAUAGUAAAAAUGUAGCUUGCAUUUUACUUGAAAAGGGACUGCUAAAGACUAAUGUUUCAAAGAGCGGAGAUAAUGCAAGUAAAUUCUUAGAGUACUUGCUAGCAGCUGAAAAGAAAGGAGUUGAUUCUAAAGUAGGUAUAUUCUCGUCAGCCCCAGCACCAAUCAGAGUAUUCAGUGAUUUAGUUGCCAACCCAAAGAAGGCAAAAGAUUUUGAAGCUAUGGUAAUGAAGAGACCUAAUAGAAAAAUGAACGGUGUCGUUGAGUAUUGCUUCUCAGGCAUGAGAUUCAAAGUUAGACUUGAUGGAGAAAAUACAGCAAUAGGGUUCAAUCUACUUGGAGUAAAGACCAUGAUUAACGAUAAAAAUCAGCCACAAAUGCUUGAGUUCUCAAAUGAAGCUCUAGCUUUUGCCAAAGAUUUAGUGUUCUAAAAAGAUGUUACUGUCGAACCAGACUUUGCUGACAAGAGAGGAUCAUUCUUUGGAACAGUUACUUUGUCAAACAAAAAGGAUCUUGGCUUGCUUUUGAUUUCUGAAGGAUUAGCUGAGGUAAGUGUCCUCGGAAACAAAGCUCCUUAGAACAUUGAAGAGCUUGAAAAUGCUCAGGAGACUGCAAGAAAGGAAGGACUUGGAAUAUGGAGUAAAUCAGUAUAGCUUUCAUCUUCAUCUGGAACUAAGAAAGUAUAGCAAAACGAGAGAAUCUCCGUUGAGAUGACAGAUAUAAGUGAUGCUUCAAGAUUCUUUGUUAAGUUCGUAAAUGAAAACUAAUAUGAAAAAAUUGAAGGUAGAAUGAAUAAAUUCGAUUACCUUCAAGCUGAUGAUUUAGAGAGACCAAUUAAAAAGAAUACUGUCUGUGCUGCAAGAUUUAAGCUUGAUGAAAAUUGGUAUAGGGCUAAGGUACUCAGAGGAGUUGGUAAAAAUCAAUAUGAGGUAGAGUUCAUUGAUUUUGGAAACUCAGACACUGUAAAUGGAGAUGACUUAAAGAGACUUCCAGCCGAUCUACUUGCUAUUGAGCCUUAAGCUAAAGAAUGCUCACUUGCUUACAUUAAAGUACCUAGAGUUGAUACUGAGUUUGGUGAAGAAGCCGCUAAGUUUAUCUAAUCUCAAGCAAUGGAAAAGGUGACUGAAGCUAUUGUUGUUGAACAAUAAGGUGACAGAUUAAAUAUCGUUCUCUUCCCCAAGGGAGAAAAAGACUGGAAUAAGAGCAUCAACUGCAAACUGAUUGAGAAGAGUCUUGCACAACUUCAAAAGUUUGAUGAAGAAAAUGAUGAAUAUCCUGAAGAGAUAAAUGACUGGUUUGAUAUUGAAGAAGAGCAGAGAGAACUUCAAAACAAAAUAUGGUAGUAUGGAGGAGCUCAAGAGGAUGACGAAUGA